UCCAGGUGUGUGCACAUCACCUGCCCGGCCCUAUAAAAAGGCGGCGGCGGCGGCGGCGCUGCCACUCGGCCGCCUCAUCCCUGGGGCUGCACUUCCCAAAGAACCCCCCAAAAAAAAACUUUGGCGUGUUUUCUCCCCGUAUCUGAGCGUGUUSCCCGCCCUCCCCUCCCAAAUUUUGGCGUGGUCCCUCGACACCUGGCUGAUGGGCUGGCUGGCUGUCCUGGCUCUGCUGGCGGCUCUGGGACCGUGCCGGGGGUUGCGUCGCCCCGGGGGUGGCUCUGYCCACGCCGCCGUGCGCUGCUACAGCGGGGCCGAGCUGGGGGACGAGGCUCCGGCGCAGUUCCUGGCKCGCAGCCUGCGCUGGGACCGGCUCCUCCCGGUGCAUUUGGUGCCGCAGCUGGAGCGCUUGGAAGCUCGGAGGCUGCGGCGGCUCCGCCCGCACGGCUGUCCCGCGCUGUCCCUGCGCACCGGGCCCCGCAGCGAACCCCACGAGCGCUCCAUCUCCCCGUGGACCUACCGCAUCGACGAGGAUGAGAACCGCUACCCGCGCAAGCUGGCYUUCGCCGAGUGCCUGUGCAGCGGCUGCGUGGAUGUGAAAACCGGCCGGGAGACGACAUCGCUCAACUCGGUGACCAUCCACCAGAGCAUGAUGGUGGUGCGGCGCAAGCCGUGCCCGCGGCCGGGGGCGCUGGGGAUGUUCGCUCUGGAGGUGGAUUAUAUCCGAGUGCCCGUGGGCUGUACCUGCGUCCUGCCCCGCACGGUGCGCUGAGCCCGCGCCGCGCCCGCGCAGCCCCGAACCGUGACCGUGUCACCGCCCGGCCCCGCCCGUGCUUGUUUUAGAGCACCCUCCCCUCGUUAUUUAUGAGUUAUUUAUCGGCCUUGCUGCCGGGGGGGGUUUUGUACCCCGUAUUUAUUGCUGACCCCCUCGGCCACGGCUGUGACUCCGGGCUGGCAUCGCCCCGCGGUGCUCGACGCCCCUCGGUCCGACCCUGCGAGCGCUGCCCGGGCGCUCGCUGGUUAUUUAUUCCCCCAAAAAAGCUAUUUAUUGUCUCCUCUCCCUGUGCUAUUUAAUGCUGCGAAUAAAAGCAAACAACGCCUGG